CCGCCGGCCGCCGCAGCUGGGGAGCCCUUCCCAGUCUGAGCGGGGAGGGAGGGGGGAGGAGAAGGAAGGAGGAAAAAAAGCAGCAGUUGGCACGGAGUCAGGGAGCGCUCACUCUCCAUCCCUCUCUCCUCCUGCCUCCCUCCUCCCGCCGGCCCCCAAGGAAAGCCAAGCCUUCCUCCCUUUGUGCUACACCCCGCGCCUCCUCCUCCUCCUCCUCCCCCCGCCCGCCCCCCAGGGCCCUAUAAAUAGCCCCGCGGCCGGGCGCUCUCCAGAGCUCGCUGGGGCCCAGGCAGGGACGGGCAGCUGCGGCCACCGAGGCAGGCACCGGGCGGGACAGCGCGCGGCGCACAGGGCGGAGAGCGCGGAGCGGGCGGACAGCGCGCACAGGGCGGCGGGCAGCGCGCAGGUGGCGGCCGGGGCACCAUGGCCAGCGAGUUCAAGAAGAAGCUCUUCUGGAGGGCCGUGGUGGCCGAGUUCCUGGCCAUGAUCCUCUUCGUGUUCAUCAGCAUCGGCUCGGCGCUGGGCUACAACUACCCGGUGCAGGGCAACAAGACGUCAGGGGCGCCGCAGGACAACGUCAAGGUCUCGCUGGCCUUCGGCCUCAGCAUCGCCACGCUGGCGCAGAGCGUGGGCCACAUCAGCGGCGCCCACCUCAACCCGGCCGUCACCCUGGGGCUGCUGCUCAGCUGCCAGAUCAGCGUCCUGCGCGCCCUCAUGUACAUCGUGGCGCAGUCCGUGGGCGCCAUCGUGGCCACCGCCAUCCUCUCGGGCAUCACCUCCAGCCUCCCUGGCAACACCCUGGGGCUCAACGGGGUAAGUGGGGCCCGGGCGCCGGGCGGGGCUGGUCGGGGGCCGCAGCCCCCUGGGGGAUCCCGCCUGAGGAAGGGGGCGAUGGCAGGGCCAGGGCGGCAGAGCCAGGCAGCUCCUUCCUGCGCUUGGUGGCUGGGGGGCAGGCCUGGAGAAGGGCACCGGGCCCCUGGCGCUAAAGGUCCCCGGUCACCCCCACCCACACCUAGGCUCCCGGGGGAAACACCAUCUGGCCAAGCAGCUGGAGCCGCUGAAGCCCCGUCUGAACUCGGCCUUUCCUGUCCUAUUCCUGCCUAUUGGGGGGGGGGGGGGCACAAGGAUUCUGACCCUGGUAGCUGUUCCUCCCCGCUCCCCCGCCAACGUCCCCUGGGCUUGCUCUGGGCAGAGGCUCCACGGCUGCUUGAGAACAAGGUUCUGGCCUGGGAGAUCUGGGAAGGGCUGGGGGGGAGCUGUGCCUGCUGGGGGGGGGGGCUGCACCUGCUGUGGGGGGAGGUCUCAGGCACCCAGGCUGAGGGGGCGGAGCAGGGAGGCGGCCGGCCGGCCGGGCUGGCCAGGAGGGCUCCCCCAGGGUGCCAGGCAGGGUGGCGGGAGAGCAGGAGGCUCACUCAGCAGAGGGGGGAGGGGAGACAGUGGGCGGGUCCCUCCAGUUCAUUGGUACAAGCCCCCCCCAGGGCAGUGGAGUGCAGCACCCGAAGGGCCCAGGAGCCACAAGCUGGCACUGGAAUCCCAUUCCAGGGCCUGGCCCCUGCCCAAGGGCCGGCCUCCUGGGACCGGGCCCGACCCCUCCGGGAUGGCCCCCAGAGCAAGAGACCCUUCCCCAAAUCCGGGGGAGCCCGCGGGCAGCUUGUGUGCCUGGGGUUCUUUCUGCUCCCGGGGCCCAAGGGCCUGUGGGGCCGGGAGCUCUUCCAGAGCGGGAGGCACAUAGUGGGUGCUUUUCGGCCCCUUUCGCCGCGCCCCGCGGGAAAGUCCCUCCCACCCCCCAAGGCGCUGAUGAGUCCGUCUCCCAGCCGCGGCCGCCGCGGGAAUGCUCGGUCAGGGCCUCCCGGGAGCCCCGGGCCCGGGGCGGAGGCGGCCCCAGCGGGGGACUCGGACGAGGAAACUGAGGCAGGCAGAGGGGAAGGGGCUUGUCCAGGGCCCUCGGACCGCGGGGCUAACAACGGUCCGAGGCCAGCUUUGAACUCGGGGCUGCCCGACUCCGGGCGCCCCCGACAGAGCCAGCGGGUCCGAGUCCGCUCGCCCGAGCCUCGGCCCCUUCCAGCGGCAGCCGGGGACGGCCCGGGGGCCGCCGGGGUCAGCGUUGUGUCCCGAGGGCCGGGGGCUCGGCCCUGCUGCUCCGGCCUCGGCGGGCCCCUCUGCGGCCGCCCCCCUCCCCCGGCCCCCUCCGCCCGCCGGGGCAAGGCGUCCCAGAAAUUCAUUCCCCGAGCGCGGGGCCUCGUGACCCAGCAGUGGAAAAACCCCGCGGAGCCUCGGGCGGCCACCUGCCCGCCGGGCCCGGGCUGGCCACACAGGCUGCGGCUCCCGUGGCCCCGGUGCACUCUGGGAGAGACCUCCAGCCUGGGCAGCCCCAGCCAGAGCCAUUUCCUGAGCGCCCCUCGAGGGCCAAGGCUGGUGCUGGCGCUGGGCCUGGGCCAGUCCUUGCACCCGCUGGUGCUGGCUGCGCCCCACGGCCGCCCGGCCCCGGACAUCCGGGCUCGGGCCCUAUGGGCUCUCCGUGGGGUGGGCCCCCCUGGCGGUGGCCGGCGGGCCAGGGUCUCCCCGAAGCCCGCUGGGGCAGGCCGUCCGUCCCAGGACCCGGAGGCCGGGAUUUUUCGGGUGGGGCCUUCUCAAGGCGCCCUGGCCGCGCUCAUCUACGACUUCAUCCUGGCCCCGCGCAGCAGCGAGCUCACGGACCGCAUGAAGGUCUGGACCAGCGGCCAGGCGGAGGAGUACGACCUGGACGCCGACGACCUGAACUCCCGGGUGGAGAUGAAGCCCAAGUAGAGGCGGCCGCCCGGAGCGGGGGCGGGGCGCGACGGGCCGGGGCGGGGGCAGGCUGGGGGGAGAUCUCUGGGUAGCCUCCCGGCGCCGGCCUCCGGCGGUCUCAGCAGCUUUCUUUCUCUUCACUUGCCUCCUCUUUCUCGCGCUGGGUGCCGGGGGCCACGCGGGGUGCUGGCUCCCCCGAGACCGGACGCGGGCCGGGGAAGGGGGCCCUUCCCAGCCGCUCCCCCUCCCCGGCCGCGGACCGAGGCUUGAAGGGCAGUAGGCCGGGGCGGCCGAGGGGUUUGCCGUGGGGGUGGGGGUGCCUCCAGAGCUCUCCGGCCCCAGUUUCCCGCAGACCCCCCCCUUGCUCCAAAUUCUGUCAUCUGCGGGGUCUCGGCUUUCCCGUCUGGGAGAUGGGCGCACUGGACGAGAUGCUCUCCGCCCUGUCUUGGGGCCCCGGCUCCCCCUCCAUAAUGCUUCCCUCUGGAAGGAUGACGGGGAUUUCGGCCUCCGCUUCCUUUUGCCAGUGUAGACCAGACCAAGCUCACCGUAAGGUCCCCCGCCCGCGAGGGUGUGGCCCUGCCCUGUAGCCUUAGGCCGGCGGCCCGAAUGGCCUUGCCAGGACCCGUGUGUCUGCCGGGAGCGGGUCCGGGCCGUCCCCGGGGGGGCCAUGCCCUGGGCCCUCUCCCCGCGCCCCCAGCCAGGCCCCCACAUCCCGGGCCCGGGAGGCGGUGGAGCCCAGGCGGGUCCCA